AGACUUCUCCUAAACAACUCUGCACCCCACAGCUGAAGGGGCUUGUGGGGAGGGAACUGGUUGGAACCAGCCUCUUAACCUCCCCCCCUUUCUUCGGGGAGGGGGCUUGUUCAUGAAUGCGGGCUUAUAUCAGACAGAGCAUGUCUGUACGUGUGUGUGUAUCUGCAUGUGUAUCUCUGUGAAUGGGCAUGUGCACGUGAGAGUAUGUGUACGUAAAGUUUACAGCUGCAACGGUCGCGCGAGGGAAGGAUUACCGUGUGAAACUAUAGCUACACACAGGGCUCAACAAAUACCAUUUGAAUGCUCAGUUUAGCCAGAAUCAGGGCCAAAAGACAUGGCAGUGUGUAGACUCAAGGGACCACGUUUCUUGGGGCCUAAUGUGUACCCAGAGGCCCCUGAUGGAGGCUGGGGAUGGGUGGUGGCCAUAGCCUUUUUCUUGGUGGAGGUUUUCACCUAUGGCACCAUCAAGAGCUUCGGCAUCUUCCUCCAGGACCUGAUGGGGGAGUUUGGGGAGACCAACAGUCGAGUCUCCUGGAUUGUUUCCAUCUGUGUGUUUGUGAUGACCUUCAAUGGUCCUCUCUCUUCUGUGAUGACCAACCGCUUUGGUUUCCAGCUUGUUGUAAUGCUUGGAGGAUUACUUAUAUCCUCUGGUACCAUUGCCACAAGCUUUACCACCUCCAUCAAUCAAAUGUACAUCACCUAUGGGUUAGUUGCAGGUAUGGGCUACUGUCUGACCUUCCUGCCCACUGUGACGAUCUUGUCCCAGUAUUUUAACCGUCGACGAUCUCUGGUCACGGCCAUGGCUUCAACUGGAGAGUCCUUGUCCAUGUUUGCUCUGGCACCAUCCUUCUCUGCACUGAGGGACCAUAUUGGCUGGCGGCAUACCAUGGCAGUGAUAGGAGCCUUGCAAGCCACCAUCAUCAUCUGUGGUGCUCUGCUUCGGCCAAUCAUUAUCAAACCCAGAGCAACCCACGAGACAGAGACUGACAGAUCAUCCCCAAAGGAACUGGAAGCCCUUACUACGCAGGAAAAUGUAGAAAGUGCAAACCCAGAAGACUCUAUGACAAACAAGACCUCAUUUGAACCAAAUACCUCCUACAGUCUGGACAAAGAGUUAACCAGAGACUCUAUGAGCACUGGAGACUCUGGUGUCCAGUCUCUAAAGGACACAGACAACAGCAGCCCAGAGGAGAAGACUUUACUGCAGAAGGAAGCAAGGUUAGAGAAGGAACAGAAAUCUGCGGAAAACGGUAUAGCAGACAUUAGGGAAUCAGAGACUGAGGACGUGAAAAGGAACCAAGAUUCAGAGAAACAAGUGAGGAAAGAUGAGGAAAAGGAAUCGGGAGAUGAGAAGUUAUCUGCAAAGAACUCUAAACUUCUAGAUUUCUCCAUCCUCAGAGAGUGCAGCUUCAUCUGCUACUCUCUCUUCGGACUUUUUGCCACACUUGGCUUCUUCGCCCCUCAACUCUACAUCAUCGAGCUGAGUGUGAGUCGAGGUGUUGAGCGGGAUCGCGCCACCUACAUGCUCUCUACCAUGGCUGUAGCUGAAAUCUUAGGCCGUUUCUCAAUUGGAUGGAUCCUAAGCCAGAAGCGGUUCAGGAAAAAGAAGCUUCUUGUUCUUUUGGCAUGUGUAAUUACAAUGACUGCGGAUCUAGUGGGAUUUACUUUGGUCACAGAGUUCUAUGGCCUGGCUGUGUGCUCUGCUUUGUACGGGUUUUUUAUGGGGACCCUAGCAUGUACCCACAUCCCUUUGCUGGCUGAGGAUGAUGUGGUGGGCAUAGAGAGGAUGUCUUCAGCUGCUGGUGUCUAUGUGUUCAUACAAAGCUUUGCUGGGCUGGCUGGACCCCCACUUGGAGGUGUGCUGGUAGAUGUGACUCACAACUACGGAUCAGCCUUCUACUCCUGUGCCAUUGGCAUGGCACUGAGUGCUGUGUUCCUGGGUUUAGUAAAACCUGCUAAGAAAGGAUUACUCUGUAGGAAGAGGAACUCAAAAUGCAACGAAGACAGACUUGAAGUAAAAGGGGACUCAGAAGAAAAGAGUGGAGGGGAUAAACUGAACAAUAGAACUGACAGUCCGGAGGACUGCUCAGGAGAUGACAACUUGGACCACAACCAGUCGGGGGCCACGAGAGAUGUCGAGGAGGUUAUACGUUUUGCAUGAACUGAUAACACAGGAUAAAGGUAAUAAAACGGCAAAGCGAUGUGAGAGUAAAAGACUAUCUAAAGACUACUGCUGGCAGAGCGAUGAGGAUGGAAAGAAAGACCAAUAUUGAGAUGCUGCUGAAGAUCUGGUUUCUGCAAGCAAUCUUGAGAACUUUUAGAUCAAAACAUGUAUGUAGCAGUUGUGCCUUACAUACCUGAUGUACCAAACAGUGUUUUUUAUAGUGUCAAUUCUGUUAGAAUUAAAAAGAGUAAACUAUA